AUGAAUAAUUUAUAUUCUCUCUAUGAAAAUAUAAGUGAAAAUGAUAAAAAUUUAAUUUCAGAAAAAUUAAAAAAUAUACUAAACGAUUUUCAAGAUAAAAAUAAAAAUUAUGUUUCUGAAUUUGUUGUUGUCAGUAGAACAAGAUUUUUUGAAUCUAUUGACAGCGAUGGAGAAUUUUUACUGUUGCAAUCUGCUUCUCGUAUAAUAAGCAGUUAUGAAAAUAUUAUACGUUUAUUACAUAAAGCAAAAGUAUACUUGGAAUUUGUUAAAUGUUUAAAAUUGAGUAAUUAUGAUUUAAAUAAUAACAAAAAUUGUGAAGAAAAUAUUUUAAAAUUUAUUAAUUAUUUAGAGUCAAAAAAAACGAAGUAUUAUUAUCAUAUAUGUGGAAUGCUAAUACAGCUUAUUAUAACUUCCCUCAAAAAAAAAGAUAACUCUACUGAUAAUAAAUCAAACGAAAAUGAAUAUGAAAAACAUAAUAUAUUUGAUAGUUACGAAAAAAAUAAUACUAAAAACUAUGAAAAAAUUCAUGAUUCGACUUUGAAUGAGGCACAUAAAAUAAAGGAAAAUAUUGAUACAUGGGAAACUAAUCAUAAUACUGAAAAAAGUAUUAUUGAACCUUUUGAUGAAUUAGAAGAAUAUGGUGAUUAUCUAUAUGAUGUUUUAAAUCAAAUGGACAAUAAAUCAUGGAAAGAUAAAAAAUAUACAGAAUAUUUAAAAAUGAUUAGUUUAAACGAUGCAAUCAUAAAAGAUGAAAAUAGUAAAACACAAAUCUCUGAAAGUAGUAGUUUCACCAAUAUUUCAACCUUAACAAAUAAUAUGAUUUUACUACCAAAAUACUUAGAAAAUGUAAGAAAUACCAUAUAUAAUCAUCAAAAUAAAUCGAUAAUAGAAAUGAAAUCGAUGAUUCAACAUGCAAUAAAUGAUAAUAUUAAAAUUCCAUUAUUUAAAACUGGUAAAAUUAUUAGUGAAAUGCUUCCAUCUCCAAAUUAUGAAAAAUAUUGGUCCAUAACACAAUAUGAUAUUUCAAAUAAGCUAGACACUUCAAUGAUACAAGAUAUGGUGUUCAAAUUUUUUAAUAUAAAUAAAAGUAAGACGUAUGGUAGUGUCACAAAUAGUUAUCAUAUUAAUUAUUAUGAUAUUUUUAAAAUUCUUUUAAAAGGAGUAAAUUCAAUAAAAAAUGAAAAAGAAGAAAUACAUAUAUUUCUUAAGCAUUUAUUGAAUAAAACAAAAAAAAAAUAUUCAUAUACCUGCAUUAAAGAAUCAAGAGAUAUGCAAUUAAGCACUGAAGGUAAAUUUGAUAAUUGUCUAUUACCAUUACAUAUAUAUAGUAAUUCUCAUGAAAUAUGUAAAGAAGUAUUAAAAUAUGCUAUUUGUAACAAUGAUUUAGUAUUAACAUUAAAAAUAGUCGAUACCUUAUUAACAAUAACAGUAUAUGAAAACUCUUUAAAAAAUUUGAUACAUUUCUUAAAUACAGUAGCAGAAUACAUAAUUAUACCUUAUUUAAAAUACGAAAUGAAAACAUACCAUAAAAGUGUUAAUGAAAGACCCACUUGUAAUAAAAUUGAUACAAAAACUUAUGAAACAAAAUUAAAAGUUGAAAAUAAUAACAUUAAUAACGAAUAUUGUAAAAACUAUACUAAUUUAAAGAAAUUAAUUUGUAAAAUUCCAUUGCAUGAAUAUGAAUCACUAAAACUUUUAGAGUUACUUUCUUUACAAUACCCAAUGUUUUUGAAAAUUCAUGAUAAACCUCAAAGAUGUUUAAAAGGAAUUCCUAAGCCAUGUGAAUAUUAUAGUAAUAUACUUCCUACUUAUGGAUCUUAUAUAUUUCAAAUUGUUGUUUCUUUUGAAAUAGAUAAUUCUAUAAAAGUAUUAGAUGAACUAGGAUCCAAAUGCAAAAUAUUGUUUCAAUUAACUGAAGAUGAUAAUAAUGAAGAUCAAUUAAAAAAUAAUUCAAGUGAUAACAUAAAUAAAUAUAAGGAAUAUAACUUUUUAGAAAUUGAUUUUCAGCAAAACUAUAUGUAUACUAAAUCUACUAAAUCAAGGAGCGCAAUAAAUUAUAUGAGAGAAAAGCAAUUUGAAAAAAUAAACUAUGAUAAAUCAAAUCAAAUGAAAAACAUUAAGAAUAAUGAUGAAAAAAAAUACAAAAAUAAUAUUUUAAACAAUGAUUUUAUAAUAAAUGAGAAACAUAAAAUAAAAAGUAGUGAAAGGAAUAAACAUAUAAAUGUAUAUGAUGUGACAAAUAUGAACACAAUUGUGUUUGAUAUAUUGAUUGAUCAAGGAUGCUUUAUUGAUGAAGGAAAUAUAUAUGACUUUCAAAACUAUCAUGGAAAAAUAGUAAUUUAUUCAAACGGAAAACAUUUAUUAUCAACUAAUAUAAAAAAAAUUGGUUCAUUUGAAAACCAUGUUGUAUCCAAUAGUAAUAUAAAACUAAAAGUAUUUACUUCUCGCAGUUGCAGCUUUGAGUUUCCAAAAGAGUGCAUUUGGUCUUCCGCAUUUGUUGAUGAUUUAGUAAAUAGAAAAUUAAUCCCAGAAAUAAACGAAAAUUUUCUUCUUAAAAAUCCUAUUAGUAUAAUAGAACUUUACAAUAAGGUAUCUACUUCAUUAAAUCGUUAUAUAUAUCGCUUUUGUGAUUGGAAAGAUAACGAUUAUAAAAAAAUAAUUGAAAGAGAGACAUCAUAUACAUUGUAUAAUAACAUAGAUAUUUAUACAUUUGAAGAACUAGUUAAAUAUAUAGAAAACAAUAAUAAAAUUCUUAAAGCAUUAUUUAAAUUAACAAAAAAUUGCCUAAUAGAAAAAGAUAAUAAUAAUUUCAACAAAGAUUCAAAUGAAUUUUAUGCAGAUCAAUUUGAUUAUUAUUUUAGAAAAUACAGAGAAAAUUUAUAUGAAUGGAAUCUAAUAUCUGAUACUCAAAAUUGUGCAUUAAGCGUUUUAAAAUUAUAUUUAAAGGACAAUUUAAACACUGAGAACAGAAUAGAAAAUAAUGAAAACUUUUAUUCUUUGUCAGAAAGAUUAAUGAAAUCCUUUUUAAAAAUAAUUAAACUAAAAAGUCCUUUCAUAAAUAGGGAUGAUUUUUAUAUAAUUAAAAAUUAUGAAAUAGAAGAAUUGGAUCUAAACGGAUGCUUAUGGUUAUUAAGGAGAAAUGUGUUUCAAAUACUUCUGCAAGCAGAUAAAAUAAUUAUAAGUAACAUAUUUAUGAGAAUAAGUAUUGAAACCAUUUUAAAUCUACUUAAAUUUUUUUCUGAUAACAAUAGCAUGGAUUCACAAAUGAUACUGAAAUUAUUGAAAUCUCUAGAAAAUAAAGGAAUUUUAGAAAUAAUGAUGAAGCGAAUGCUAAGUGCUCCAUCUAAAAAUUAUUCGGGUAUCUAUAAAUAUGUAAUCAUGUAUCCAAAUGAUAGUUACUUAAAACCUCAAAACAUGAAUUCAAGUGUAUUUUUUUCUUCUUCUUCUAAUUCCAAUAUUUAUAAUACUAGUUUUGAUAAUUUAAACGAAGUUAAUUUAAGCAGUAACAAAGAUGAAAAAAGAAAGAAAAGAAAAUAUUAUGAAGAAAACAAACAUGAAAUAGAAAGAUAUGAAAAAAGAAAAAAAAAUAUUAAAUCUAGAAUUAUUGAUGCCACCCAUUUUGGUCUUUUUGUAGAAGAGUUAAUUAGUCUAAUAGAGCUUCAAACAUAUAAUGCCAUUAAUAUACCAGUUGUACAGAAUAAUGAAGAAAACGAUUUUUUAAUGGAAAAUAAAACUUGUGAUGUUAUUCAUAAAUUGUGUACAUUUUAUGAGGAUGAAUCAAAAAAUGAAAUUUAUCUAUAUUAUAAUUAUUUUGAUAUAUAUAUUAAGAUAAUAAGUGAUAUGAAACAAAAAAAUAAUAAUGUAAGUAAUGCAAGUGAGGUAGCAUCUAUUUUUUUAAGAGAAAUUGUUUUAAUGCUUACCACAUAUAUACUAACUAUAUCAAGUGAAUAUGAAUCUGAUAAAGCUUUUUUAUAUCAACCUGUUAUUCCGUUUUAUAACUUGCAUAAUGAAAUGUCAAAUAUAAAAAUUGAGAAUAAAGAAAAAAAUAACUUACAAGAAGGACAUUUAAAAUGUGAUGAAAAACAGAUGUUUGUAAAAGAUUGCUUUAAUAAAUCAUAUAAUUCAAUGAAUCAACUUGAUAAUACUUUGAAAUGUGAUUUUGAUGAUAUAAAUAGUUGUAAUAAUGGGUAUAGUAGUUAUGAAAAUCAAGAUGAUGCUCUGGAAAAUGGGAAUGGAUAUUCAUUAAAAUUUAAUAAUUAUGAUAAAAACGGAAAAUCAUGGAUUCCGUUAAUUUCUAACCAAAUACAAAGUUCAGUAGAUGAUUUAUCAUUUCACUCUGAUGAUUCAUGCUCACAUUUGUAUAAGAAUAAAAAUAAAUUAUCAUCUUGCAUUCAAAAUAGCUUAGAAAGCCUAAAUCACAUAGGAGAAAAUACAAAUAAAAAAAUGAAAAAUGAGUCGCAUAUUAGCAAAACUAGUUCUACAGUUUUAUCUGAAUAUAACUUUAGCUCUGAUGAAACUGAAGAAUUUUAUUUUAGAAAAAAUUUAUUAGAUUUUAACGAAACAAAUAGAGAUUCAUACAACUUUAAAAGUCAAUUAAAUGAAAUUAUAUAUAGAAUUUCAAAAAAGAAAAAAUUUGAUAAAGAUAGAAAGAAACUUAAAUAUCUUAAAAAAAGAAUGAAAAAGUAUAAAAACGAUUCAAAAAAAUUAAACUUUAUUUUUUCUCUUUUAGAAGAAAUAUUAAAAAUUAUGCUAGGAGUUGGUUUACGUGUUUUGUCUAGUAUUUCAUAUCAUUAUUUAUAUGAAAAAAACGGUAUGCAAAAAUUUAUAUAUAUAUUUGGAUCAAAAAUAAUAAGAAAUGACAUAAAUGAAAAAAAUUCAUUUCUUCAAUUAUGUGAAAAUAUGAUAAAACCUAAAAGUUUAACAUUAUUACAAGCAUGCAAUUUCAUCAUAAGUGGAAUAAUUCCCUGCUUAGGUUAUGUUACAACCCUAUUUGUUGAUAAGAAAAGCAAAAAAUAUUCUUAUAUAAAGGAAUUAAACAACUAUUUAUCUUUAAAAAUGGCUUUAAAUAUUUGGCCAAUGUUUUUGAAAAUAACUUUGCAAGGUCUGUUAACUUCAAGACAUUUAUCCUCUGAAAUGUCUGUUCACAAAGAUAAUUUGCAUCCAAUAGCAGAAUGCUGCAUAAGUAUUACUAGUUUAGCUACGCAUUUUUUAACAUUCUUUACAAUCAUGACUGAUAAUUUAAGCAAAUAUGAAAUAUAUAUUAACAUGAGAAAAAAUAUGAAAAUGUCCACUUAUCAUCCAAUACCCAUGAUUUUAAUUAAUUCAGCAAAAUAUAUUCGCAUUUCAUCAAAAAAAAAUAAAUAUUAUGAUUUUGAAAAGGCCAUAAGAACUAUAUUGUUACAACUUACUGAUUGUUCUGUAUGUGAUUAUGAAAAUUAUGUUUUUAAUCACUACAUGAUUCCUCAAAGCAUUUCAAAUUUUUUAUCAGCAACAAAGGAUACAAAUGAGAUAACUUUAAUUAAUGAUCCACUAUCCGAUAAAUUAACAACUAAAUCAACCUACGAUGAUAAUAUUAUAAAUAAAAAUAAUUCAUUGGAAAAUGAAUUUAUUAAAACAUAUCAAUCAACAUAUGAAGAAGAAACUACUAAAAGUACUUAUAAAAAAGGAAAUUUGAAACAAAAAAUAGAAAAAAAGAAUGCAACAAAUGAAAAAUUUAAUAUGUGUAAUAAAAAAAGCAUUGAAUUUUUAAAGGCUUUAAUGAACAACGAUAAAGAUGCCAUAAAAUAUUUAGGAUCAUUUUAUCGUGUAUUUCACAAAAAUUUUGAAAGAGCUCAAGUGGCGUUUGUGGCUGUGUUUUUGUAUCUUAUAGGAUAUAAUCAUAACCCAGUAUGUGAUAUUGAUGACAAUUCUAAAAAUGCUGAUAACAUAGAAAAAAGCGAAAAUAUAUCAGUCAACGAAACACUGGAACAUAAGAAAAUAAACUUAGCUUGCAAUUUAGCUAGACAGGGAGUUGUAGAUCUUAUAUCUAAAAGUCAGACACAAUUUCAGAAAAAAAACCUCGAAUAUAAGUUAUCCUCUAAAUCAAAAAUCGAUGAGAAAAAACAAAAUGAGAAAAGUUUAGAAUAUCUCGAAUCAGAUAAUAAAACAUUAGAUGAAAUGGAAUUCAAAACACAUUCAAAUAAUGAUUUGAAAUAUUCAUUAAAUACAAGGAACAAUUGCACAAAUUCUGGAAAUAGUAAUAAUCAAAUAGAAUUUCUCUUAGAUAAAAAAAAUAAGCAGAAUAAUUUUUCUUUUGAACAUAAAAAUGAUGAUUACACUUCAAGUAAUUUAAGUAAGGAGGACAUAAAUUAUUUAAACGAUGCAUUACCUAAUACGGAAAAGUGUAGUGAUAAAAGUAAUGAAUUUAUAACAAUGGAUUUAAUAAAAAAAAAAAGAGAAAAACAAAUAGAUAAAAUAUUAAAAAAAUGUGAAUGGAUAAUAAAUACAUACCCUUUUGGUUUAUGCUCUAUAAAUGUAAGAACAAAUUUUUCUCAUGAAUGGGAUGAGCAUUUUGUAUUUAUGCGUAGAAAUUCCUAUGACAUACCUAUUACUGUUAGAAAAAUCUAUUCAGAUAGAAGCAAUUACCAUAUGAUUCAAGAAGCUGCCACCAUGCCAACAUUCACUACAUGUUUGAAAGCAAAUGUUUCUUCUUUGAGUUAUUUGGAUCAAUUAUUAUGUCAUCAAAAUAAAAUUGAUGAAAAAUUGGAAUAUAUGCAAUUUAGUACAGAAAAUUUUUUUGGUAAAGCAACAACGAAAAACCUAUACCUUCUAAAAAGAUUAUUAAAAACAUACAAAAGAAAUGUAAAUAUAAAAGAACCUAACAAUGCAGAUAUUAAAUAUGAUAAAAAAAUUCUUGAAAAUCAUAAUCAAUUAAAUGCCUAUUUGUGUAAUAACAAACAUACAAACUUUUCAAAUAGUUGUCCUAGUUGUGACAGCGGAAAUUAUUAUAAUGAUGAAUCAAAUUAUUAUAUAAAUUAUAAUUUUUCUGAGAAGAACAAUGGUAAUUCUAAUAAUUCAUUAGUGUUAAAGUGCAAUAGUAGUAAAAAUAACAUUAAAAAUAAUGGAGAAUUAUGGUUAAAUUCACGAAUGACUAAAAAUUAUAUUUUUCAGCAAGAUAAUGAUGCACAAAUAGAAGAACUCAAUUCAAACAUUUAUUAUAAAUCUGAUUGUUUUCUUCUUCCACUUAAAUCGCUUGAUGAAAAUGAUUAUAUAAUUAGGAAUAUGCAUAAUACAAAAUGGGAUAAUAGUACAAGCCAUAUUACAAAAUAUACACAUUCAGUAUUUGAUUAUGAUGAAAAUAUAUCUGAUCUUAAUUUAUCCGAGAUUAAUAACAAAGGCAAUGAAAUUAAUAAAUGUCAAAAAGAAUCAUCUGUGAAUAGACAAGAAUUUUUACAUGAAUAUGAAGAAGAAAUGAAAAAUCUACAACCUUCAAACAAAAAAAAAAGUUUUGCAUCAUUUGAUUAUUUCAAAAAUAAAUAUCAUCAUAUAAAUUCAAAGGAUAUAAUUAUAAAUAAUAUGUUCGAACAAAGUAUUGAUCCUAAAGAUUUAUUACAAUUAAAGGAGAUAUUAAAUUUUUUAAUUAAUGGACCCGAUCUUGAAACAGUACUAAAUAUUAUAAGAGUUGAACAGUUAACAUCUUUAUGUAGAUAUUUAAUAAGUAGAAGUUUAAAAUCAAUGUUGUGUGCAGGAAUUUUUGGAGGAAUUAAAAAUCCAAUAAUAAAUAUAAGCAAUAAAAACUGUUUUUCCAACAAGAGGUCACAAAAAGGAUAUAAUUCUAAUUCAGAUGAUAUCAAAAAGAAAAAAAAAAGUGAUUAUAACGAAAAAAAUACAAACAUAAAUGAUCAACAUAAGUUAAAUGAAAAAGAUCAAGAUGAAUCACAUAUAUCAAAUAAUACUAAAAAAGAAAAAUAUUCUUCAUUUAGGAAAAAUAAGUUCCUUAUUUUGUGUGAAAAUGAUAAAACUAAUUUACUUAGAGAUCAAAGAAAAUAUAAAAACCUUGAUUUAAAUCAAAAAUAUAAUAAAAAUGAUAAAAGAAAAAAAAGUAUUUUUGAGCAUUGGAGACAAAAAUCUACAAAAAGUAUGCAAUGGCCAGUUAUAUUAGAUUUACUCGUUCCAUCUUCAAGUAGGGGAACAUAUAAUGAAUGCAACAGGAUAAUUUCUAAUGUCGAACCAUCUUUAUUUUCUGUGCAAAAUUAUGGAUGGAUGCUCUUAAAAUUAUUGCAUAUUAUAAUUAUAAAAUUCCGAAAUAUAACACCUUUGAAAAAUAUGAUUAAUGAAAUGAACAAUAAUAAUAAAAUUAGUAAUUUUAACAAAGAAAAUUUAAAAGAUGAAUUUUCAUAUUGUUACUGGUUCACUAGGCCUAUGGAAUAUGCUCUUUCUUUUACAUUAACUGAUAUUACUAAAAGUAUUUGUAUUUGGUAUUUGAGAUACAACCGCAAAAUGAUAGUGAAUUCUUCUAAUUUUUCUCAAAUUAUAAAAAAUUCGAUGAAUACACUAUGGAUUGAAAGUGUCCUAAGGUUAAUAGCUUUGCAGAUAUGUUUAAGAGUAAAACCUUUAAACGACAGCAGAUAUGUAGUACCAUUCUUAUAUCAUAUGCUUACAAUCUGCCAACCCUUGUUAAGAGAAGUGCAUAUAAGUAGUGAAUAUCUGAAACGUCAUUUAUUCGGAGGAAAUAAAAAGUUAUUUUUUAAUGAUCAGAAUAAUUUCGUUUUCAAAGUAAAAUGUUCUUAUUGUAACAAAUCUAUAUCCAGACAAGCUAAAAAUAAAACACCAAAAAUUUCUCAUAUCAGCAAAAAUUUUAAACAUAUAAGAAAAGGAAAUUCUGUUGAAAUGUUAUCUACUAAGAGAACUUGUAAAAAUGGAGUAGAAAAUAAUAUACUUGAUGUAAAGGGGUAUAUACAUUCAGAACACAUACAGAAAAAACAAAAAAAAAUAAAGCAAAAAAUUGUUAAAAUGAAAAAUUAUAACUCAUCAGAAGAACAUGAAAAUGAAGUUAUACUUGACAAUGUAAUAACAGGAAUUGUUAUAUACCAUGCAAUUAUAGAAGAAAAUGCUCCUGUAAAUAAAUUGAAGAUUGUACAGAAUCUAAAAGGUUUUCAAAUAAAAAAAGAAUAUUUGUAUAAAAACAAAUAUUGGGCUCUUUGCACUCAGCAAUAUAAAAAUUCGUCCUUAUACACUUUACCUUUAAGAAAUCUUAACAGGUCUAUAAAACAUACGAAUAAAAAUAGUUUAGUGAAUAUCAAUAAAUUUGAUUCUUGUUACUGGUUUAUCAGUGGAGAUCCAGUUUAUAAUAUUUAUGGUAAUGCUAAAACUAUAUCAGAUGCGCAAUUAGAAAUAUGUAUUGAUAAUAGUUACGAUAUGAAUGUAAGAUCUUUUCUUAAAAAAAGCAAUUAUGAAUUAGGGUUUUCAAUUAAUACAGAGUCAAAUGACACAAUGAAUAUUUGGAUAAAAAGAAAAUCAACUAUUAUAAAUAAAGAGUUAAUAGAAUAUAGUGACCCUAAUGCAAUUAGUUCUGUAGUCAAUUUACAACAAAAGGAAAAAAUAACUGAAAAUGAAGAAACGCCAUUAAAAAGUAAAUUUAAUAUUUGUAGCAAAAAAAAGGAUACGUUAAAUAAUAAUAAGAAUAAUAAAUUCCUAAAUUAUGAAAAUGAAGAUCAAGAAUAUUUAUCUGAAAAUUUUUGCGAAUGUAAAAAACUUUCAACAGAUCAAGAUUUUUCUAAUGAUAAUAAUGAUAAUUCUUAUAAAAACACGCAAUCUGAAAGUUGCAGAAAUGAUGCUAGUAUAAAUUAUGAUCAGAAUGAUAACUUGAAUUAUAAAAAGCUAAAAUUAAUAAGUUGGAAUUUGAUUAAAACAAUUCUUUGGGGAAUAUUGGUUUCUGGAGAAAAUAUGGAAAUUGAUAAUACAGAUCAAGUAGUAACGGAAAGUACUACUAAAUAUAUUAAAAAGAAAAUAUGUAACAUUCAUGAUGAAAUGGAUGACAAUUAUAAUUAUAAGAAUUAUAAAUCUCAAUUCCAUUCGCUUCAACGAAAAAGCCUCAUAGAAUCCGUAUUAAAAAUGAUUAUGUCAGUUUUAAUUAAAUUAUGCAAUAUUGUAAAAAUAUAUAAUGAUUUAACAAAAAAUCAAAAAGGUUCAUUUUAUAUUACUAUUAAUAACACAAAAAUAAACAAACAACAAAUUCAAGAUUGUGAGAAAAUGAUUACUGAUUUUAUGUAUUCAUUAAUUAAUUGUGUUCGAAACUCACCAACUGCUGCAGUUACACUUCUUAAAUGUUUCCUCUUUGGUCAAGACAAUCUUACUUAUCGUUUUAAAAAAUUGAACAAACUAAACAUAAAUUGUGAUUUAUAUAAGCUAAUUACUGAAUGCAUAAAAAAGGCUCCCAAUGACUCUGAUGAAAUAACUGUUUUUUUUAAUAGAUAUUUUGAUAAAAAUAUAUUAAAUAAUUAUAAUAUUGAUCAAAAAUAUUACACUCUAAACCAAGAAGAAAAUAUGAAGUGUACCAUAGAUAGUCCCUUAAAGAACAGUGUUUAUAAUAUGAAUAGCAACAAUGUUAAUAUAUCUUCAAAAGAAAAUAUUAAAUAUAAUAGUUCUAUAAAAAAUAAAGAAAAAGAUACAAAAAUAUCAAAUUUUUUUCUUAAAUAUUGUGACUCUAAUAUAAGAAAAAAUUAUAACCAAAGUAAAAUAUAUGGCUUUUUUUUAUUAAGAUGCUUACCUCCUAUUAAAAUGUUUCCAAAACAAUUAAUUGUUCAAGAAACAAAAAAAUUAUUUUAUAGUGAAAUGAACUUUAUGAAUGAAAACAAUGAAUCUAAGAUUCAUGAAAAAGGUGAUAAAAAAAUGUUAAACAUCAUUGAAAUGCCUCAAAAUAAUGACUUACAAAUAAAUUCUAGUUCCAAAGAAAAUAUUUCUCCGAAUGAUUAUCAUAUGGAUGGAAGUAUAACUAAUAAUGAAGGAAAUUCUCAGUGCAAUAGUACAAAUAAUAUAUUGGGAUUAAUACCAAGAAUAUCUUAUAGAAAUCAUCCUUUUGAUGAAUUACCUCAAUCUGAAUUUUUUAUGUCUAGUAGACCUUCUGAUGAUUUCGAAGUUCAUAUGGAAGGAAGAGUUUUGAGAGUUCUACGUGGUUUAAAUUUAGGAGGAGUCGUUUUAUGCUUAGCACCUCUGACAUUUCCAGCUUUAAAUAUUGGACCAAAUGAAGUAAAUGACAUAAUUAAUUUUCGUAUCCAAACAAGAGGACGUUUUGGUGUAACUGUUGCACCAGCUGAAUGUGUUUUAUCAAAUGUUUCUGAAGUAUUCGACAGAAAUGAUGUUGUCGGAUUCCGUACUAAUAUGUGUCCUCCAUUUAGACAUGAUGUAUUUGCAGCAAAUGUACAAUAUGAACUAGGAGACUUAUUAAGUGUAAAAUUUAAUGUAGAAGAUCAACAAAAUCAAAAAUGCUUGAGAACAGAACUUAUGGUUUCAGGCGUUAGUAUUGGAUCAGUAUUAGAAGUUCUUUUUGAAGCAGACUCUCAAAUUGAAUUUGAAAGAAGAAUGAAUUUGAUAUUUAUUUUUCAAGAUCCAUUGACUAUUGUAUAUGAAGGGCCAACAUUUACAAUGGAGUAUGUAGACCCAAGCAAAAGUAAUUCAAAUAAUUCAAGAAAUGAAGAAAAAAAUGUAGAUGAGGAAUAUUUAAAUGAAUUUUAUCCAUUUUCUGGAUAUGAUAAAAAAAGUAUAAGGAAACAAUUAAAAAAAAUGAAGUUAAAAAAAAAAGAAUUCUAUGAAUCAGUAAAACUCUAUCAAUCAAUUCUUGAAUCAGAUAAUGAAAUAUUAAAAGAUCUGAAAAGUGAAGUUUUAAUAAGGAUGAACUCCACAUUAACUAGCAUAGCUCCAUAUUUAAGAUAUAGUUCAUCACACUAUAUAUUUUCCGAAAAUGAGUAUCCAUGUAUUAUUGAUUUUAUACAAUCUAAAACGAAGGAAUUUGCACCUCUAAAUAAUAUUUCACUUGAAGAAAAAAGGAAAAGUUUUGUAAAUAUGUACUUCAAGAAGAUCCUAUCUACAAAGGACAAAAAUGAAUUCAUAAAAGAAAAAAUAGAUAAUUCAUCUCUUAAUGAUAAAAAUAAAAAUAAUAAAACUGAUGAUCCCAUAAAAAAAAAAUAUAAUGAAAAUCAGGAUUUAUCUUAUGGAGAACAGCAAAAUUAUAAUAUCAAUUAUUUUAAAAAUAUGAAUAGCUUAGAUAAAAACAAUAAUUAUGAUAAUUCAAAUGAAUCUCAUGAAUAUAUUAUAGAAAAAAAUAAAAUAACUCAAGAUAAAAGUGAUCAUAUUUCAUAUGUACAUCCACACUCUUCGUUAAAUAUGAAUAUAUACAACAAAUACAAAGAUAAUAUAAAUAUAAAUAAAUCAAUAAGAGAGGUUUUAUCUAUAAUAUGCAUUUUGGGGUUAAACAUAAAUGGAAAACCUAAAGAAAAAAAUAGAGACCAUCGUUUUCAUGGUAAAAAAUCUUUUCUUGAUGAACUUCCUUGGUUAUCAAGCUUAUCAGAUCUGAAAAAUUCAGUAACAUAUAGUUUAGAUAGAAAAUGCAUUGAACUAUUCUUUUGCAAUUUGGUUGAAAUUAUAUGUAGUAAGGUAGUUUUAAGUGCAAUCUUAAAUUUUAUUACUCACAAGAUGAAUAAAAACGAUUGUGAUGAUGAUAAUAGCAAAGAUAAAAAUAGCAGUAAUAGUUUAAAAGCUAAUAGAAAAGAUAAAAAAAAAUUCAAAAAUUUAAAUACAUUAGAAUCAAAAGAUAUUUCAGAUACAGAAAACAAUAUUUAUAAUCAAAAUAAUAUAUAUAAGCAAAAUAUUAGUAAUAGCACAAAUACCUUAAAAACAAAUAGCGGAAACGAUAAUGGAUGCCAGAAUAAUAGUGCUACAUCAGCUAAUGCAAACAGUAAUAACUGUAAUUCAUUAAUGAAUUCUAUCUUUAUAGAAGAAAAUGGGUCAUUAGAAGAAGAUGAAACAAAUGAAGCUUAUAAAAAUAAUAUGGAAAAUUCAUACAAAGAAAAGUCAAUAGAGAGAAAUUUAAAAGAUAAAGGUUUAAAUUUAAAAAAUAGUUCAUUUGGAGAUGGGAUGUAUAAAUAUUCCUUUUUUGAAUAUAGUUUGUGUCUAAUAGGAACAAAAGCAAUUAUGUGUUGCUGUAAUUUAUUGAGAACACUACUAGAAAUGAAUUGUGAUGGAUCAUACGAACCAAAUGAAACAGUUUAUAGAUCAUUUAAAAAACUGCUAAAUUUUAUUAAAAUUUUCCUUUUUGUUGAUAUAGGAAUUAGUGAUGUUUUAAUUAGAUACUUUGCUGAAAAAAAUUUAAUAGACGUUGAUUUUUUAUUGAGUAAGCACAAAGGGAAAAAUUUUCAAAAUUAUAAUUCAUCUUCAUUUGUAAAUAGUUUUGGGAAUAAAACUGCACAAAAUACAAAACUUUUUUCUAAUAAUUCGAAGGAUGAUUCUAUUUAUAGCAAAGAUACUAACUUUUCACCUUAUUAUUCACCAAAAUGUAAUAACUUUACUAAGGAAAAUACAAAAAAUGAAUACAUAAACAUAGUAGAAAUAGCAAAUAUUUGUGGUAUUCCAUCUGAUUUUCUACAAUAUUUUAAUAUAUCUAUUCCAAAAAUUAAAAAUCAACAGGUAAUAACACAAAAUGAUACUUUUGACUUAUGGAUUUAUAUCAUGAAUCUUUUAAUUUGCUUCAAUAGCCAGCACAGAUAUUCAUUAUGCUUCCCUUACACUUCCAAUAAUUUUAAUCCAAACUCCAUUAAAAAUACACUAUUCGAUUUUGAAUAUACUAAUUCAUACUUUUCCAAUAGGAUUGUACGUAAAACAGUUAAAUUUUAUGCAUCUUGGUUGUUAAAAAAGUAUUUAAUAGAUAUAAGUUGUGUUAUGGCAUUGUUAUUACCAAAACUUUUCAUUGAUGAAUUAAAAACAAGUUUAACAAAAAUAAAUGAAAAAAAAUCAAAAGAAGAAAUAAAUAAAAUAUAUAUCGAUAGUAAUGAUAAUAAAAAUGAUAAUUUUAAUCCAAGUAAUACUAUGAAGGCAAACAUAAAUAACAUGGAGAAAAAUGAAUGUUUUUCAAAACAAGCAAAUAAAAAUUUUGAAACACUAAAUAAUACAAAUGAUAGAAUAUAUAAAUCCAUUAAUGAAAAAAAUGAUAAUGAAUACGAAUUUGUUAAUUGCAAUUAUCGUGAUAUUAAAGAAAACAAAUCAUUGAAAGAAGAAAAUAGAGAAGAAAAUAAGCAUAAAGUUUUAUGGAGCAAUGAUGACUGCACACAAAAUAAAGGAGAAAGUUUAAAUAUUAAAAUUAUACAUUGCAAAAAAAUUAAAAGAAAUAAAAAAUUACACAACCUAGGUCUAUUAUUUAAUUCUGAAUUAAGGAAUAACGAAGAAAUGUUAAAUAUAUUUAGCAUAAUGUAUCUGUUUCGCGUUUGUAUUUAUUAUCUUAGUAGAAGCAAAGAUUUCAGAAAAGAAGAUUAUUGGCAAGGAUUUCAAGGACAAUUAAGAAAUGCAAAAAUUAAAGAAAAUGUUUAUAAAUUACUUAAUGAAAAAAGUUCCACUUCUUCUUUGUUGUACGGAUGGCAAAGAAUAUUUUAUCAAUGCGUAGUUACAUGGGAAGAUAAAAACUUAGUAGAACAAUUGUUACUAAUAAUUCAGUCUGAAUUAUUAUAUCAUUUAAUGGGAUCAAUAGCUCAAACUAUGUCACCGAAAAAAGUUAAAGUUGAACAAUAUUAUGCUAUUUCACCUUCUGUUCAUGUUGCUCAUUGGAUGCUAGAUACUUUUGUUAGACACCCUUUGUGUCCAUCCAAAAUUAGAUCAUGUUGUAUUACACCAAUAACAAUUACCUCUUUAUUUGGAUUAAUUAUGAAUGGAAAUAGACUACCAAUAUUUUUAGGUAUAGACGUAUGUAGAUUAGUUUACUGGUCCUCUAUAGUUUCUAUAUGGCAAAAUAGCAAGAUUCAUAGAAAAUAUAGGAGAUUAAGCAACAUAGAUAUGUUAACUCAAUUUAAUGUUUGCACCGAAUUUAACACUGAUAACGAUGAUAUUCAAGAUACAUCAAAUAGAAAUUAUAUUAAAAAGAAGAAAGAAAAAAUUAAAUAUACAGAAGAAAAACUUAAAAGAAUAAAAUGCAAUUAUUACUCUUUUUUAAGUUACAUAUUUCAGUGUGUUAAUACUUGUGGGUCAUCAAUUUUUAACCAAAUUAUGAAUAUAAAUAAUGCAAAUAAUUAUAAAAAUAAUACUAGCAAAAAUAAAGUCAAUGACAAUAAUAAUAACAAUAUUAGAAAUAAUAAUGAUCAUGUUAAUAACAUAAUAGAUAAUUUAAACAAUAAUAUUAAUGAUAUCCUUAACUGUAUACAGAAUUCAACUAAUAAUAGGGUGUUAAACAAUAAUCUUAAUGUAGUUAGUAGUAUAAGUAAUGAAACCAUUUAUAAUUUAAAUAUGGCAAAUAGAAGCAGCCCUAAUAUUUCUUCAAACAAUAUUAACAAUACUUUACAAGAAAAUGUAGAAGCAGUUAAUACAUGUAAUGGCAAUAAUUCAACUACUUCUAAUAGUUUAUACAUUAAUCCAACUUGUGUAAAUGGAAAAAAUGAAAAGAAAACUUCAUUUAACUAUUCUAAUUUUGAUAUAUCUGAAAAAAAAGAACAAGGAAAAUAUAACUCUAUAAAAAUUAACGCGGCUUUAUUAAUUCAUUAUUUUGCGUGUGCCGCAUAUUAUAUUAAAAAAGUUGAUAUAUAUAAUGAGAUGCAUUACUAUAACGAAAAUAUGCAUAUGGAUUUUAAACAGUAUUGCUUAUACUUGUAUGUUGUUGAUCAUAUAUCAAAGAUAUAUUCUAAAUAUACAAAAAAUAGUAAUAUUAAAAGUUGUGUAAAAGAUGAUCGAACAAACAAAGAAUGCAGUUUCUCUAACGUAAUUAAAGAGGACCAAAAUUGCAAGUCAUCAUCUAUUUAUGAUUAUGUGAAUAAGGAAAAAACAAAAAGUUAUUCAUUAAACAAUGAAAAUUUUAGAAGUGAUUCUUCUAAUAUAUGUAAUAAAAAUGAUUUUCUUUUAAAUUAUGAAAAUAUAGAAAAAAAAAGUAGCAAAAAUAUUUUAGAUGAUGAUUACGAAGGGCAUUACCCGGAAAUAUUUGUUGAUUAUGUACUUCAAUUACCAAAAAAAGUUUCUGCAAAUGUUAUAAUUGAUAUUAAUGAAAAAAUACAUUACAUAUCUUCUUCUAAUUCAGACAUCAUUAAAUUAAAAAUAAAAGAUAUAUUUCCUUUACCAAAAAAAAAAGAGGAAUCUUUUAUUGAAAAAUCAAAUUAUAUGAUAGACAGUCAUAAUGAAGGCGAUAAUAGAGAUGUAAUAGAAUAUAAUAAUGUUUCUCUUAAUGAUUAUAACAGCAUUGAAAAAGCAAAAAAAUUAAAUAAAACUGAAAAGGAGAUAAUUAAAAAGAUAUGCAGAAAAAAAUUUAGACAUCCAAAUAUAAUUUUUAGUGCCGACAUCGAUUUCAAUUGUAUUUUAGAUGAUGUUAAACUUAAUAGUCUUCAAGAAUUUCUAUACCUUGAAGUACAAUCUUUAGAUACGGAUUUAGAUUUUGACAAGACAGGAAAAAUUAAUUUAGGUUCUUACAUUGAAUUAACUGAUAUAUAUAAUUUAUCAUAUCCAUUUUUUUCAUUGGGUAGUUUGCCAUUAUAUUCAGGAUCUUACACUUCUUCAUUUACUAUAUGUCUAGCAUUAACUGAUUAUAACAUAGAUAAAUUACAAGGAAAUUUGAAUAUUAUUCCUGAUAUAGAAAUUGGAGUAUUGAAUGUAAAAAGGCAUUUUGAAGUAAAUGAUGAUAUAUUAUUAAAUGACUAUGAUAAAAAUGACUAUAAUGUAGUAUGUGGGUAUAAGAAGGAAAAUAUACCAGUAAAUAAACAACAUUACGAAAGGAAUGUUUCUUAUAAAGAUAACCAUAGAGAAAAUGUUAAUAUAAUUUACAACAAUAAAACUUAUUCAAAAGUUGAGAGAACAAUGGAUAAAACAUUAAAAUAUUCUUCUUGUUUAUCAAAAAAUACGGAAAAAAAAGAUUUUAUCAAUAGAACAAAAAGAAACGAAUAUAAUUAUGACUAUUCUUUGAAGAAGCGAGCUUACAAUCUUCGUAAUAUAAAUAAAUAUAAUAAGAAGUCUAUAGAAAAUUGUUUAAGUAAUAAAAAAAUUGAUAAGAACAAAAAAUCCAUAAAAAAUUAUGAGACGGAAGAUGAUAAUAAAAAUAAAAGUAUUAAAAAUGGUUUAUAUAAUAAUAUAUAUUCUGAAACAUUAUCUGAUAUUGCCCCUAUUAAUGGAAAUAAUUAUUUUGCUGAAAGCAACAAAGUAAGUAAAAAAAUAAACAAUAUGAUCACUCUAAAUGUUCUAAAUGGUACAGUUAACACAACGGGAUUAUUUUCUGAUAAUUCUAUUGAGAAAGUAAAUCCAAUAAUUUUGAAUAAAAUAUCAGAUUACAUAAAUAUUACAGUGAAGAUAAUUGGUAAACAAGUAAUAUGGUUUGCAAAUAAUAUAUUAAUUUUUCGUAAAGAAUUUGGUGCAGAAAUGAGCGAAUUUGUGCCUUUAAUAAAGAUCUUUCCUAAAAAAUCGCCAUCUAUAGAUAAAUUUAACAAUUUUAACAACGUAUCUUUGCACAUUAAGUUUAAUGAAAUGACACAAAAAACUUUCAUUACUCCUUUAUCAAAAUUUUACUUUAAAUUUGAAAAUAUUCAUAAAAUGAAAUAUAAAAAUGAUUGUACAAAUGUACAUGAAUAUUGGAAAAAAAACUUAUGGAAACCUAAAUGUUUUAUUUUACCUGAUAAUUCAACAACAAUAACAACAAUAAGGAAAUUAAUGCCUUUAAUAAUACCACAAUCAUCUAAUAAGAUAUUAAUAAAAUAUAAUAACCAUAAGCAAGAACCAGAUGAUUGUACGAAUAAUUUUUCUAACACUAUGUUUUUUACACCCAAUGUUCAAAUUAAAAGUGCACCAAUAAAUUUUACAUAUUAUAUAUAUUGCAAGCAUGUACAAGGAGAAAAAUGGAAAUUUUUAUCAUUAGAAAGUAUUAAUAAUAUAAAAAAUAUAUCAAUUAAAAGUUAUUAUGGUUAUAUAAAUUUAUAUAAACAAUCGAACAUAAAUAAGAUAGAUUUAAAUGGACUAAACAACUGCGAAAAGAAAUUUGCAAAAACGAAUUUGAACAUUCAUAAUCUAUUAGAUACACAAAAGCCUUAUACUAAAAUUUUAGAAACAAAUUCAAAGAAAGAUUUACUAAAAGAAAGUUCAAAUAAAAUAAUUAAGGGUGAUUUAAAUUUUCAGAUUCAUUUAAAUAAAAUAAAUAAAAAUCAAGACGUGGACAUAAACACUAAAAGUAAUUUAGACAUUGCAAAUAAUUUAUUUUUAAAAAAUGAAAACAAAUGUAAUGAAAAAAAUAAGAAAAAUAGAACUAGUAAUAUAAGCUCAAAAGUAAAUUAUUAUGAAUUAGAUAAUAAAAAUAGAACACAUUAUACCUCUUAUUAUCAAGAAUUUAUUCCAGAAGGCAAUACAGAAAAUUAUAUUCAUAGUAACUAUAUUAAUGAUUACAUUUCGACAAAUAAUGAAAAUAAUUUGCAUGUAAAAUAUAAAUUUAGUAAUUUUCCUAAAAUUAAAAAGGAUCUAGUUCACAACAUAAAAUAUAGCUCAAUUCAAGAAAUUAAUGAUUCCUCACUUUACAAUGUAGAAGCUAUAUAUGAUAUGAAAAAACAAAAGCAAAUUUUUAUUGAUUCAAAUAAUAAAAAGAAAUAUAUAUACAAUAAAGAUAAUCCUAAAAAAAGUCAAAUAAAUGAUAAUAAUUGUGAAUUUAUAAGUAAAAUUUAUAAUACACAUUAUAAGAAUGAUAGGUGCAUGAACAGAGAUUUGUCAAAAAAAGACGAAUAUAAUGAAGUUGAUAAAAUUACAGAUAAUUAUAAUUUUAACGAAUUAAAUGACUAUUCCAGUAAUUGUUGUAUGUAUUAUAUAGGUUGCAAAGAAUUUAAGUUGAGUAUAGAUUCAUAUGAUUCUAUCUUUCCUGCUGAACCUUUUAUUUUUAAUUGCACUGUUAAUUUUAAUGUAUAUGAUAGUCAUAAAAAGGGAAAUAUAUAUGAAAGUUCUAUUGGUAUUAUAUGGGGUAUUUAUCGUUGGCUAUGGACAAGUAAUGGAAAUUUUAUUUGUCCCUUGAAACUUCCAUUAUGUACAUCAGAACUUCCAUCAGAUAAAAUACAAGAAUGCGAAAUAAAUGUUGUUGGAUUUAAAUCUAAUGAUAAUUUAUGCAUAGAAUUUCAACCUUUAUAUCAAAGUUUAUUUUUUUAUAAGAAUGGAAAUUAUGAAUUUGGAUUUAAAUUUGAUACUUUUUAUAAUUAUAGAAAUAAGGAAAAUAUAUCAAUGAAUGAAAAAAGUAAAGAUAUAAAAAUAUCAGAAGUAAGGAAUGUAUCAAAAAUAUCAUGUUCUAGUGGCAUGAGCAAUAUAAAUUUCAAUGAUUUGAGUAUUAAGACAAAUAUAGAUAAUAGAUAUAGAAGUACUAUAAAUGAUAAGAAUGUUAUACAGAAGGAUGUAUUAAAAAUUCACACUGAAACUGAUAAAAAUGAUAAUAAUAAUAAUAUCUAUAAUUCACAUAUGGAUUUAAAAAGCUCUUUCAAUUCAUUAUAUAGUUCCAAAGUAAAUAAUUCAAAUACAUGUUCUAUUUCUAAUGAACAAAAAUGUAAUAAGCGAAUAAAUGAAAAAAAUAAUGUAAAAACAAAAGAAAAAAAAUUAAAUAUGUAUUUAAGUAAUUCUGAUAAUAUAAUGGAGGAAAACCAGAAUGAAACUGUAAUAAAAAUUAAAAAUCAUGUAAAUAUGAUUAAAUUAUAUAACUCCUUAUUAAUAAAUGAUUGCACAAGUGUUUCUUCUAUAUUAACCAAUAAUCCAAAUUUAUUGUUAAAAUCAAGUGAAGGUCAACCUGAAAUAUCAUUUGAACAUUAUGAAAUAAACAAGGAAGAAUUUCCGUAUGAACUUAUUACAUCCAUGAAAAAUGUUAAAUAUGAUAAACAUUUAACACCCUUAAUGCUAGCAUGUAAAAUAGGGUGUGAAGAGUGUGUACAAAAUAUUAUAGAGAUAGGUAAAGUAAACCCUAAUAAAUAUUGCUAUAAAAUGGAAAAAGAAACUCCUCUAAUGGUUGCAGCACAAUACGGAUAUAGUAGAAUUAUAUGCAUGCUAGUUUGUAUGUAUGGUGUACAAAUAAAUAAAAAAGAUUCAAAAGGAAAUACUGCUUUGCAUAAAGUUUUAUUGAAUUCUUGCAAUCAUGGGAAAAAGAAAAAUUCUACUUUUAAAAUUGUUCAACUACUGUUAAAAUUAGGUGCUGAUAUAACUAUUAAAAACAAAAAAGGGAUUUCAGUGGAAGAUUUAUCGCAAACAAAUCUUAUAAAAGAUAAAAAAGUUGAAAAUCUUCUAAAAAUGUGGACGAGAUUAUCCUUAAAAAGUAAAAAAGAAGAUAAAGCAUGCUAUAUCAAUCGGGAAAUUAUACCUGGCCUACUAUCUAAUUGUUCUAUAGUUGUGGGAUUUCCAGUAUAUUCAACUAAUAAUAUAAAUAGUGUUUCAUCGGUUAAAAUUAACUCAUUUGUUGUAGGAGGUGAGGAAUUAGUUAAUAUAAAGGAAUGUAAACAAAUAAAAAGUUAUAAUAAUUGGGAUAUAAGAAAAAAAGAAGUAGAGUAUUAUAGUAGUGAUAUUUCGUCCAGAAGCUCUUCAAUCUCAAGGUUCUACAACUUAGAAAAAAAAAUAAAGCAAGACAAUGAAAAAUAUUAUGCUUCAAAAUUUAAUAAAUUUCAAGGGGAGUUUUCUUAUUUACAAGAAGAAAAUGAAAAAAGUAAAAAUUGUAUUCAAAAAAAAAACUCCUUACAGUUAAAUACAUUUAAUGAAGAUAAAAAAAAAUAUGAAAUAAACAAUGAAGACAAUACAGAAUUUAUAGGCAAGAUAAAUCAAGAAAAUUAUGUUAAAAAAAGGAAUAAUACGUUGUAUGAUUCAAAAGAUUAUAUGAAUUCAUUAUUUGAAAAAAAUAAUAAUUCUUUAUAUUUAAGGAAACAUAGCAAAACAGAAGAUGGUAAUAAUAUAGACAAAUCAAAAUUUUCAAAUAACCUUUUAUUUAUGCAAAAAGAAUACUCCAGUGACACAAAUAUUUAUAUGAAUGAUAAUUGUGUAUAUAAAUGGAAGAAUAAAUAUAAAAUGAAUCAUAAUUUACAUAGUGAUGAAGGAAAUAAGUAUCAUAAUAAUUUGGAUAUAGAAAAAAACGAGGAUACAGAUAAUUUAAAAAACAGAAUAAAUUAUGAUAGUAUUAAAUGUAAUUCAUCAAAGCAGAAAAAAAAAAAAUUUACAAAUGACAUAUUAAAUUAUAUAGUAGUUCAUAAAUAUUGUAAUAAAAGGUGUGUAUACUCUCAUAAAAAUUUUAUAGAUGAAAAAAAUUACAAAAAUAUUUUUUUAGAAAAGGAAAUUAAGAAUAAAGAAAAUAACAAAAAUAAAAGUUAUAAUUAUAUGAAAAAAGAAAUUAAAAAAAGCUUUAUAUAUUCUAAAUUAAAAAACAAUAGAUUCAAUUACCAAGAUUUAAAAUUCUCUCUCAUAGAAUUUAUUAAUAAAUCAGGAAUAUUUUCUGAUGUUUUAAAAAAUGCCAAUUAUUUAGAAUCAAAAGAUGUUCCUAAAUUUGAUGAACUAAAAAAUACACUACUAAAAGUUAAUAAUGAAUUAGAAAUAAUUAAAGGAUUCAAAGUAUUUUUGGAAUUAUUUAAUUUUAUAUAUAUGGAUGAAAGAUCAAAAUAUUACUUAAAUGUUGACUUAAAAAAAAAUUUAGAAAAUUCUUACAGUAUAGUUGAUCUAGGUUAUAUCCUUUUAAAAAUAGAUAGUUACUGCAAUAUUUUUAACAAUUUUAAAUUAAAAUGGAAAGAUAAUGCACAUGAAGAAUGGAAAAACAAACUUUUAAAAGGAAUUGGAAUAUAUAACGAGUUUUAUAAUGUUAAAUGGAUAACAGAUUCUUAUACUUUUUUUAAGUAUGAAGAAGAAAUCUUAGAAUCUGCUUCAUUUAUAGACAAAAUAAUACAAAAUGGUAACUAUAUGAUAUUUUAUAAUAGCAUAAUGAAUAUUAUAGAUGAAAAAAACGAAUUCUUAAAAAACGGCUUUUAUGAUCCACAAAUAUUUAAUGAUGUACUUAAAAAUAUAGACUUUGAAAAUUUAAAUAGAGAAACUAUUUUAUAUGAUUUUUAUUCUAAUAAAAACAUUAUAAAAAAUAUUUUUCCAGAAAAUAAUAAACAGGAAUUUAAUGAUAACGAUACAAAUGAAAAUAAUGAGAAAAAUAAAAAUUACCUAAAUGAGAGUUUUAUAAAUAAAAAAGUAAAAGAAAAUAAAGAGUUAUAUCUCCCACAUCAUGUUGAUGAAACAAAUAUUAGCAUAGAAAAAAAACCUAGAAAAGACAAUUCAUUUGAUAGAUCCAUGUAUAAGAAUGAUUCACAGCAAUAUAUUCCAUUGUUUAAAAAUUAUGCUGAAUUUUAUAGUGAUAUAAAUGAUGAUAAUAAUAUAAAUAAUACUAAUGAUAUUAUUGAAGGUAAAGAAAGUAAAUAUAAUAGUAUGAAUAAUACUAAUAAAAAUAUGCAUAAAACACCCAAUAAUAAUAAAAAAAGAAAUGAAAAUGAUGAUACAUUAUACAAUAAAAUAUCAAAUUGUUAUGCAAGUAAUAAUAAAAAAGAAUUCCUAAAUAAUAAUGAAAAUGAUGACAUAGAAAAUAAAAAAAUAAAAGCAAGCUCUACACUAUCUAUAGAGUUAGAUGGUAACAUAUAUAACUCGAGAGUUAAUGAAGAGAAAAAUCAAAUUUAUAAUUGUAAAAAAUUAAGGAAUAUUCAUAGAAUGUUCCCGACAAGGUAUGAGCAAGAUGAAGUUACAAAUAAUGAUUCUUCAUACGAAUUUUCGAGUAUUUUAUUUAGUAACAAGAACGAAAAAAAUAUAAAUAAGUUUACAAGAGAAGAAAAUAAUAAUUUAAUUAAUUAUAAUAAUAAAAAUUAUGAUAUUAAUACUUAUAAAAAUGAAAAUAUCUAUUGCAAUAACAAAAAUAGGUAUAUAAAUGGUAAAGAACAAAAUAACUUAAAUAAUGUUCCUAAUAAAUUAAAUUUAUAUCCUUUUAAUUACUCCAAUAAUCUUACUUCAAAAAAUUCCUUAGAUGAAAGCUUCUAUACUGAAAGCUCAUACGAUGAAUAUGAAACUGAAGAAAGUGAUUUUGAUUUAAUGUGUGAAAUGGAUUUUAUAUCAAAACCAUGUGAAAACGAGAUAAUAAGAGAACAAUGUAAUAAAAUAUGGCCACAUACGAUAGAUACAUAUAUACUUCAUAUAUAUGAUUUAAUAAGUAGUUAUAUGGAUUCUCCUGAAAAAAUAAGUUUAUUUAUUUAUCAUGCAUUUGAUAUAGAAAAAAUAAAAAAAAAGUUACCUAGUAAAACAUCACAAUUAUGGAAAAGAAUAAAUAUGUCUUUAGAUGAAUUUAUUGAAGAAAUAAAAAAAGUUCAUAAUUUUACAAUGAGGAUUAUAUAUCAAAGUAAUUAUAAGAGAUAUCGUAUGUUACCACCAAAUUUUAAAAAAUAUUUUGUUUUUUCUGAUGAAUGCUUAAAGAAUAUUACUAAAAAUGAGGUAGUUAUGACCAUAGAAUAUUAUAAAAAUCAUAUACAUGAACAAAAUAAAAAUUUGUUUUUAAGAAUUAUACAAGAUCGUAUAAUAUUAUUGAAUAAAUUUAAUUUUUACUUUGAAAGUUGUCUACCUAUAACAGGAAUAUUAUUCAAUAAACCUCUAAUUGAAUUGGAAGAGCAAGGAUUAAGGACUCUAGAAUGUCCUCUUUGCUUUUUUAUGAGUAAUGAUAAAUACUUUCCAUGGUAUAUAAACAAAAAUAAAAAUGAUUUCCAUUAUUGUAAUAGCAAUUUAAUUCAAGAAAAAGACGAAUUAGAUAGUAAUACCACUAAAAAUACUUCUAUAUUAAGUAUGAACAAUAGUUAUGUGAACGUAUAUAUAAAUGAAGGUUAUAAUUAUUCUACAGAAUUUAAUAAUUUAAAAGAAAAUAAGAAUAAUAUAACCUCAGAAAGUUCUCAAAAUCAAAAAAAUAAAUGCGAUAAUUUAGAAGACAUAGAGUAUGAAAAAAAUAAAAACGGUAAUUUUUCAAAAAAAAAAAGCAGAAAUAAUCUUCUUAUAGAUAAAGCAGAAUCAUUAUCUAAAAACAAUAUACCAUAUAAAAAUGAUUGCAGUAGCUAUAUUAAUUUUUCGAAUAAAAACAAUUCAAAUUCUAAUAAUAUAAAGAAAGAAUUGUUUUUCGAUAAUUCAGAAAAUUUACGGAAAUUAAAUGAAAUAAUUCAUUUAUAUAGCGAUGAAAGUAAAAAAGAAAACUUAAAUGAGAUAUCAACUGGUUGUGUUAAAUAUUGUAAAAAUAUAUAUUCUUCAAAUAAAAUGGUUUUAGCAAUGGGCUCAUCUGAUUUACCUAUACAAUUAUCCUCAUACUUAUUUAUUAAAAAGCUACUUAAGCAUGAUACUGUACUAAAAUUAUGGAAAGAAUGUAUGAAAUAUAUUACUAUAUCAAGUUCAGAAAAACCAAAUUUAACAUUAAGAAUAGAUAGAGGUAUGGCUGCCACAGCAAAAAAUAUUUCUCACACUAUGUGGUAUCAAAGUACAUUUUCAUUAUUAAAUGUAGAUACUUAUAAACUUAGAGGAAAACCGAGAGAUAGACCAUUUAUGGUUGUUUUCAUAGGAGAAGGAGCAACUGAUUUUGGUGGUCCGUUUCAUGAAUAUCUUUCAUCAAUUUCAAGAGAAGUUAUGGGAAAGUUAUCGGAUUCACCUGAUAAGAGUUUGCCAGUUUUUCCUUUGUGUAUACCUUCUCCAAAUUACACACAGGCUAUAGGAGUGCAUCAAGACACCGUAAUUAUAAACCCCAAAAGUACUCCAUACAUAAUAAAAGAAUCAGAUUAUGUUGGUGAAAUAGAUCUCAUUGAUAAUUUGGAGAAUUACAGAUGGCAAAUAUUACACAUAUAUAAUUCUAUUAAAGAUAUAAAAAAAAAAUUACAGAGAUCUCAUAAAAACUUAUAUUCAAUGUAUAAAAAUAGUCAAGAAAGUAACUUUUCUGAGGAAGAUAUAAAAAAAAACAGGGAUGAAAUUUAUGGACAAAAUUGUGUAGAUAAAAUUCAAACAGAAAACUUCUCUAAUUACAAUAAAAGUACAAAUAUAAAUGAAGGUGAUAUUGAAAAUAAUAAUUUACACAAUGAUGAAGCCAGUAAUAACAAACAUAUGUGCGAUAACAAUUUAAGAAAAUAUUAUAAUAAUAGUAAUAUAAAUAAUGAUAACAAUGAUGUAUUAUUAAAUGAAAAAUUUAAUUCAAAAAAAGAUAAUAAAAAUAUAAUUAGCAAUGCUAUGGAUAAGGAAAAGACAUAUCUUUUUGGUAGUAAAAAGUCAGUUACCUUUGAAAAGCUAGACGAAAACAAUAAAAUACCUUUCCACAUAUAUAACAAAUAUAAUUGCUUCUAUGAUAAUUCUAUAUUCGAUGAUGAUCUACUUGAAAUUAUAAAUAAUUCUUCCUUAAAAGCUAGAAAGGCUUUUCUAGAUAAAAUAUUGAAAAAAAAAAAAAAUGAAGAUAAUGAUUCAUUGCAAAAAGAAAAUGAAAGGAAAAAUAAAAAUAUGGGAGAUAAUUUAAUGGGUAAUAAUAAAAAAUCGAAAGAUUCAAAUAAAAAUAGCUUACAUAAUGUAGAAUAUGAUGAAAAAACAAUUAAAGCAAUGGAAUUAGCUAUGUAUGAAUCCUUAGGUAGAGUAAUGGGAAUGUGUGUUUGUAUAGCAUCAACAUUAAAUAUAUGCUUUAACCCUAUAAUUUGGAAGAAAAUUUGUGGAAUGCCUUUAGAAUUACAAGAUUUAUGUGAUUAUGAUUUUGUUGCUGUAGAAAUGCUGAAAACUUUAAAAAUGCUAAACUCUGAAAAGACAAAUGGGUGGAACAUAGAAUUAAAACAAUCUUUAGGAGAUAUGACUUUUUUAACAGAAGAUUCUGGGGGUAAUUCUAUUGAGCUUAUAAGAAAUGGAGUUAAUAUACCAAUUAAUUUUGAUAAUCUAGAACUUUUUAUUAGAUUAAUGACAAGAUGCAAAAUGAAUGAAUCAUCUAAAGGAAUAAAACAUUUACUAAAAGGUUUUAGUUCUGUUAUACCAUUAGGUAGAAUAAGAUUAUUAUAUGAGUUCAAGGAAGUUGAACAUAUGGUUUGUGGUGAAAGAGAAAUUAACUUAGAAGUAUUAAAGGCACACACAUGGUCAAAUGAUUUAAGAAUAAAAGAUAAACUUUUUGCAGUACUUGAAGAGUUUACCAAUGAACAAUUACAAUCAUUUCUUAGAUUUGUUUCCGGUCGCUCAAGAUUACCUACAACAAAAAACGAUUGGUAUAUGAUUAUUGACGUGGAAAAUGUUAAUCAAAAUAUUAAUCAAGUAGAUCAAAGAUUACCUACAGCUGUUACAUGCGGUUUUCGUUUAUUAUUACCUCAAUAUUCUUCUUUAGGAAUUUUAAAAGAAAGAUUAUUGUAUGCAAUUAAAAAUUGUACUGCUAUUGAUUUAGAUGCAUAUGUAGUCCAUGAUCAAAUGCAAUUAAUGUAUGGAGAAUAA